UAUUUUCUAUUCGGGUCCCAAUCAAAACCAAUAAAAAAACUCUGACUCUCUCACUUCAGAGUUGAAGAGAUUCCCUUAGCACUUCGCGACUGCUCUGAAAACUGAACAAUCUUAACCCCGUACUCAUCCUCCCAGCCCUUACCCACCCCAAUGGCCGGCGGUGGAGGUGACGCGCCGCCUCUCCCGUCCCCUAACGGCGGCGAAUUCCUCCUCUCCUUGCUCCAACAACAAAAGCCCAACCUUCUCCACCACCAGUCCCCCUCCCCACAACAACAGCAACCGCCUCUGGUGCUCGAUCCGGCGGUCGCUGCGGUGGGACCCACACUCCCGUUCCCGCAUAUGCCGCCGUGGGUAUCAUCCAACGGCCAAGAUCAUCACCCUCAACUCCCCAACCCUUCUUACCUCUGGUCCACGCAGUCCCCUCCUAAUUUCAACUUCCUAGGGUUUCCCCAAAGCCCUUAUCCGUCUUCCUCUCCCCCGAAUCCCUUUCCCCAGUUCGCCGGAAACCAAUUCCCGGGAAACCUCGAGGAUUUGAGGAAUCUAGUCGGCUUUCAGAGUGCAAACAAUAAUCCCCUCCAAAACCUUGCCCAGCUGAAGCAGCAUCAAGAUCAAAAGCUUAAGGUUAGUUAUUUGCCUGGCGACCUUGUCCAAAACCCCGAAGGUUCAGUAAAUGCCAGCAUUUCCUCUGAGGUUUCGAAGCUCAGCAAUAGCUUCGACAGGAAUCUCAAUUUGAGUUCUAACAAUUCUUCCACUUCCAGUGAGUUCCGGCAUGGGAAUCACGAUAAUUUCAGUUCGAAUUUCAAUUCUCGGGAGCAGGAACGGCGAGGUGGAGGUGCAAGUGGAAGGGGAAAGCAGUUUCAGAGGAAUGCUCCGCCGCCAGGGUUUGGGAACAAUGCGAGGGGAGGAGGGAGUUGGAAUUCUGGGAAUAGGAGGGAGUUUGAGCAUAAUGUGGAUAGGGAUAGGAAGAGUUCGAGUGAAUUUGUGAGGAACAAGGAUGUUUCUUUUGAAGAUGAGAGAAUGAGAAGAUUGGCAAAUGAAGAUGGUCGAACUCAAGGCAAUGGGGCUCGGGGAUUGGGGUUCAAUGCACAGCCUGAUGAGCCUCGUCUGCCCACUGGCACCAAUCUCCAUUCGGCUUCUGCUAUGGAGAUUGAAGAGUCGAUGAUGAAUUUACAACAUGGAGAUAAGGCGAGAAAAGACGUUGAAGAUGGAAGCCAACAGUUCGUUGAUGAUGACAGGGAUGAAAAGAAUGAGGCAAAGCAACACCAUAAUGCGCGCGAAAAGGAGUCAAGAUCAGAUAACAGAGGACAACAUCUACUUAGCCAAAGAACGAGGAUCUUCAAAAGACAGAUGCAAUGUCGCAUGGACAUAGACAGGCUAAACGCUCCAUUUCUUUCAAUUUAUGAUUCCUUGAUACCAACUGAGGAAGAGAAGGCUAAGCAGAAGCAAUUGUUUACAUUAUUGGAGAGGUUAGUUACUCAAGAAUGGCCUGAAGCUCGACUAUACAUCUACGGAUCGUGUGGCAACUCAUUUGGGGUUUCUAAAAGUGAUAUUGAUCUCUGUCUUGCAAUUGAUGAGGCAAACAUUAACAAGUCAGAGUUCUUAUUGAGGUUGGCAGAUAUUUUGCAAUCAGACAAUCUACAGAAUGUGCAGGCGUUGACACGUGCUAGGGUUCCCAUCGUAAAGCUUAUGGAUCCUGUCACUGGAAUCUCCUGUGACAUAUGCAUCAACAAUGUUUUGGCUGUCAUAAAUACAAAGCUUCUUCGUGAUUAUGCAAAAAUUGAUGCAAGAUUACGGCAAUUGGCUUUUAUUGUGAAACAUUGGGCCAAGUCAAGAGGAGUCAAUGAAACUUACCAUGGAACUUUAUCAAGCUAUGCGUAUGUUUUGAUGUGCAUUCAUUUCUUACAACAUCGCAGACCUGCUAUUCUCCCCUGCUUACAGGGAAUGCAAACAACGUACUCUGUCACUGUAGAGAACGUUAAAUGUUCUUUCUUUGAUCAAGUAGACAAACUAAGAGAUUUUGGGUCCCAUAACAAGGAACCUAUUGCUAGACUCGUGUGGGGAUUUUUCAAUUACUGGGCAUAUAGCCAUGAUUAUGCAAAUUCUGUUAUUUCUGUUCGUACGGGAAGCUUAAUCAGCAAGCGGGAAAAGGACUGGACAAGGAGGGUUGGGAAUGAUCGGCAUCUGAUAUGCAUAGAAGACCCUUUCGAGAUAUCCCACGACCUGGGUCGAGUGGUGGACAAGUACAGCAUAAAAGUUCUAAGGGAGGAGUUUGAGCGUGCAGCCGACAUUAUGCAGUACGAUGCAAAUCCCUGUGUGAAGCUCUUUGAGCCCUACGUCCCUGAUGUUUAAUUAUUUACUAGUUUGAGUAUAAUUUUGGUCCAGCAACAAUGGUUAAAUAAGCUAUGAUUGUGAAGUAUUUGCUGCCACAAUUCCAUAUAUGUGAUGUUUAUAGCAUUUUUAAGCUUUAUUUAAAUGCGUCUAAGUGUAAAAAUUAUUUUUUUCUAUAUAAAUUAUACUCUGUUAAUGUUCCAA